UGAGUGCAGAGUCUCCUUUGUCUUCAGGUUCAAUAUGGCCGUCAACAUUCCCGGAUUGACGGCGAUGCUGCUCUUCUACCUGCUGGUGCUCGGGGUCGGCAUCUGGGCUUCUGUCAAGUACAAAAGGGAGGCGAGCAGAAGUGCAGCCGACAAGAUCGAGAUGGCCCUGCUGGGGAACCGCGGCGUAAAGAAGGCUGUCGGGAUCUUUCCGAUGAGGCGGUGCACGCUGGAAGCUGCUGUUGCAACAGAGCAGCAAAGCUGGUCUGACGUUUGCUUCAUCGUCUCUUUGCUUGCCGCGUCAGACUGGAACCUCACUUCUUACGGCUCUCCGUCUCCGCUGGAACGUGGCGAGGCAGCCACGGUCCUAGUCCUUAGCCACCUCACCCCGACCGUCGUCUCCAUCGUCGGAACCGCCGCCAUUUCUGCCGCCGCCAUGUCGUCGGCCGACUUGCAACAUCUACAAGACUCUCCUGAGGCCGCCUCGCAGAGAGAAACCCAGUGGGCGAUCCGAGCUGCGGUGGUGGUGGCCGGCUUGAUGGGCGCAUCGCUCACCAACCUUAAAAACAGCAUCAUCCCGUUGGUGAGUGGAGAGCCGUCUGUGGGUGCAGCACCAGUCAUACACUUUCCGGGUUACACUCUGGAGGACGGCAUCUAUGUUCAGUACUCCCCAGUGAGGACCAUCUCCGUGCUGUCCGCCAUCGCUGCCAACUUGCUGUUCUCCUACCUGGCCUCGGCGCUUUUCAACAAAGGGCUUUUUCCCGAGAAGUGGGACGUGUGCAGAGUGGAAGACCAGAGCUCGGCCCGAACGCCGACACCGGCCGACCACAACAGGAGAACCGAAAGAGAAGGAAACACUCGAUGAAAUGGAAUCUCCCCGAGACGCGUCACGGCCGAUGAUUACCACCACUUGUUAAAGAUUGUCAGUGCCGCAAUUCGAUAUAAGUACCGCAUUAAUAUUAUUGACAUGCAAGGGGUUUCUUUUGGAAUGUUUAAGCUGCUGUAUUUUAUUUUUUUAUGAACAGGAUAAAAGCUUAUCCUGGAGGAGGAG